AUGUCUUCGCGAAUUUUACGAAGUAAAGUAAAGGUUGUAGAUAAAAGAAAACGUGAGAGUGAUAAUCAUGUAACAAACAACCCGACAAAAAUAAAAAAUAAAAAGAACGAAGAUGAUAGUGAAGAUACUGUAACAAGUACUUCCUCAACCCCCAAACGAUUCGUGACUAGAAAAGAACAGCGACAAGGAAGAAUAAACAAGGCCUUCGUAAUCAAUCAAAUUGAUAAUUUUAUAAAAGAUAUCAGUAACCAAAAACGCAAAGCUUCCAAUGAAAACGAAUGCAUCUAUAAUCAUGAAAUUGAAUU